AUGUUCGACCAACUUGACGAGCUUUCGAUCAACACCAUUCGCACGCUUGCUGCCGACGUCGUACGCAAGGCGAGCUCUGGUCACCCAGGUGCUCCCAUGGGCUGCGCACCAAUGGCACACAUUCUUUUUCAAAAGUACAUUUUGGCUAACCCUGCGAAUCCGAAAUGGCCUAACAGGGAUCGUUUCGUCUUGUCUAAUGGUCACGCUUGUGCUCUGCAUUACAUUUUGCUUCACUUGCUCGGUUAUAACAUGACCAUGGGCGACCUGAAAGCGUUCCGCCAGACCGAUAGCAAAACCCCCGGGCAUCCGGAGUCGCAUUUAACUGAAGGCAUCGAGGUUACCACCGGGCCCCUGGGUCAAGGCUUCGGCAAUGCUGUUGGAUUGGCCAUGGCGCAAGUGCAUCUUGCCGCAACCUUCAAUAAACCAGGUUAUGAGUUGUUCUCAAAUUACACCUAUGUAAUUUGCGGUGACGGUUGUCUGCAAGAAGGUGUCGCAUCCGAGGCUGCUUCCCUUGGCGGUCACCUACAACUUGGAAACUUGAUAGUCCUUUAUGAUGAUAAUCAUGUUUCAAUUGACGGUGACACCGCUGUGAGCUUCACAGAAGAUGUCUUAAAGCGUUUCGAAAGCUACGGUUGGCACACGCAAGUCGUAGAAGAUGGUGAUAAUGAUCUGUUAGGAAUCUAUACGGCAAUUGAAAAUGCGAGGAAGAUCAAGAAUAAACCAUCCCUCAUCAAGAUCAGAACCACCAUUGGAAUCGGUUCUAAAGAUCAAGGCACCGAGAAAGUGCACGGCAGUCCCUUGAAACAUGAGGACAUUGUUGAGGUCAAAAAGAAGUUUGGAUUCGAUCCGGAGCAGCAUUUUUUCGUGCCAAAUUCGGUUUACGAGUAUUAUGCACAAUUUCGAGAAAAAGGUGCUAGAGCCGAAGUUCGUUGGAAUAAACUUUUGGAGGAUUACGGUUCAGAAUAUCCGCAGUUGGCCGCUGAAAUCAAGCGAAGAUUCGCGAAUAAACUGCCGGAAAAUUGGGAGAGCAGUUUGCCACGUUAUUCCCCUUCAGAUUCUCCAAUCGCUACCAGGAAAUCGUCCGAAAAUGUCUUGAAUAAAAUUGCGGAUGUUUUGCCUGAAUUAUUUGGAGGUUCGGCUGACCUGACAGGUUCCAACCUGACGCGAUGGAAGACAGCCGUCGACUUCCAGCCCGAUUCUACAGGUUUAGGAAAAUACAGCGGUCGUUAUGUGAGAUACGGUGUCCGUGAGCACGGUAUGGCAGCUGCAAUGAAUGGUAUUUCAGCAUAUGGUGGUUUGAUCCCAUUCGGCGGAACGUUCCUGAACUUUAUUGGCUAUGCUCUUGGAGCUGUCAGACUGUCGGCGCUUUCUUCGUUCCGUGUGCUUUACAUAAUGACUCAUGACUCUAUUGGUCUAGGAGAGGACGGGCCAACUCAUCAGCCGAUUGAAACGCUUGCCGGCAUCCGCGCUUUACCCAACAUGUUGGUUCUCCGUCCUGCCGAUGGUAAUGAAAAUCUUCCUAAUUUGGAAGGCUCCUCGAUUGAGAAAACGCUCAGAGGUGCUUACGUCUUGCAGGAGGUCGAAGGUGCUCACAUCACUUUGACGGGAUCUGGUUCGGAAGUCUCGAUUGCCGUCGAUGCAGCAAAAUUGUUGGCGGCAGAAGGAAUCAAGGCCCGUAUCGUAUCUUUUCCAUCAUUUGAACUUUUUGAGGAACAAGAUCUGGAGUAUCAGUUGUCGGUCUUCCCUGAUGGUAUUCCCGUGCUGAGUGUUGAGGCCCUUUCUUCCUUUGGUUGGUCAAGGUAUGCGCACGCAAUCAUCGGCAUGACGACCUUCGGAUCCUCUGGUCCGUACAAGGAUAUUUACAAAAAGUAUGGUUUCACCCCCGACAAUAUCGCGGACAAGGCAAAGCUGACGAUCGAUUUCUUUAAAACUAAUCCCAUCUAUUCGGUCAUUCGCAGACCAUUCGUCUAG